CCAAAUCUCAUGGCAAAUAGCAUGAGCGGACUAUCCUCAAAAUAGCCAUGGGGAAGAUAUAUAACAGGAGACACCGCUGGAAAUAGUCAGUCCUCAACAGGAGAUCACCCACACAUGCUCAGUGUUUUCCAAGGAAGUCCCAUCAGGAGCAGAAAUCAUAGCUAACAUCCCACCAGUCUUUCAGGUGCAAGCGUUACAGAGAAGAGAAUCCUUUGGGUCUCAAGGCACUUCAAAGUCGUCUGGGUUGCCGUGUGCUUUUUUUAAUUAUUCCUCAACACCAUUUUUCAGUCCUGUCUCGCUGGUCUCUUGCUCUUCCUUCUACCUCUGCCACAAUGAAGUAUUACUACCCAGACUCACUUCCCAGGUAUAGGCGAUAUACACGAGGCCUGAAAACUGUGCGUUUCCCCAAUGACGUUCUCUUCCUGGACCAUAUUAGGCAGAGCGACCUGGAGCAGGUGGGCCGUUUCAUCCGUGCCAGGAAGGUCACCUUGGACACUAUCUACCCCUCAGGUAUGGCUGCCCUCCAUGAAGCUGUGCUUUCUGGGAACCUUGAUUGCGUCAAGCUGUUGGUGAAAUAUGGUGCUGACAUCAAUCAGAAAGAUGAGGACGGCUGGACACCCCUACACAUGGCUUGCAGUGACGGUCACGCUGAUAUUGCAAGGUACCUCAUCUCUCUUGGGGCCCAGCGUGAUGCUACCAAUGAUGAAGGGGAGAAGCCAUCUGACCUAAUUGACCCAGAGUACAAGGAGCUCGUGGAGCUUUUCAAAGCAGCCCGAGUAGACUAAGCUAGUGCCGCUCAGCUCUUUCACAUGUGGAGUUCAGCCUCCAUGGUAGGCAGCAGCAUUUGUUGCAUGCUGCAAGGAGGCUAGCAAAGUUGCCCCUACUACGUUGGCAAGAGUGUACGGCCUCCUAAAAGAGACCACAGUUUGGUUGUAAUGUGUAUGUAUGAGAGUGGCUACCUUGGGGUUUAUCAGAGAGCUAUGCUUGGGAUAGCCCUUCCAGAAAAUGUAAACUUCUCUACCAUGUGGCCCAUUUUCUGGUACCUGUUACGGUCAGGCUUUAGUUAAAAUGAGUCUAAUGGCUGGGACACACUGGCCCAAACGGCACUGUUGUGCAGGAGGUUCACACAGGUGAUUAUGAAAUGAACUGGACUGGGUACCAAUUUGUGUGAACAUACACCUUCCAAUUAUUAUCUGGCAAUGACUGAUUUGAACAGUGCUUUCUCAAAGACAUUCAACCUAUUCAGGCCUGAAGAAUCCUCACACGAUUAUCACAAA